CUACAUGUUCACUUGAACCCAGUCUGGUGUUUGAAACGGUGGAAUGACCGAAUCUGGAUACAGUUUGAAGUUGCUACUUACUUUUGAUUUGUAGCAAUAGUAGAGUAGCAUUGCAGCAAAAUUGAAUAUAGCCUACAUGUGAACGGCAAGGAAGAGGAGCUUUCACCGCUGAGAUGGUGAUUUCUGACUAGUAGACGUAGCCUAGCGUGUCAAUCCUUCCUGAAUUCAUUGCAAAUGUUACAAACCAAUUGCACAGGUCUAUUCAGCCUCUUUCCUCACAAGUCCACCAUGCCGAUUGAAUUGGCCAUGCCGCUCUACCUGUCAAACGAUGACUUCUGCUACACGAGGUCCCCGAAAUCACUACAACCCUGUCUGAAGCCCUGCAUGCGGUUCAAACCCUCUGCCCCUCCUAUGCAGACUGAACCAGAUUUGCUUCAUGAGAAGAAUGGGAAACCUAAAAGGCGAGUGUCCUUCGCCGACCACAAGGGCCUGGCCCUCACCAAGGUGAAGUUCUUUUCUCAUUUUGACACUAUUAACAUCCCACUCAACAUCACAGAGCUGUUCAGCUCUUCACUCAAGUUACCAAAUGAGGAGGACAAACUGAUAAUGGGCUUCACCCAGCCCUCCUCUGAUUACCUGCUGUUCCGUCAGCGUCUGGAGACUGAGCUUGUCUGCCUAGAGCACUGCAUGCUGAAAGAGAAGGCACUGUCUGGAACCGUGAAAGUCAAAAACCUGUCCUUUGAGAAGUCUGUCAAGGUGCGUGUAACCUUUGACACUUGGAAAAGCUACACAGACUUGGAGUGCCAGUACUUGAAGGACACCUACACAGGCUCGAACUAUGACACCUUCGCCUUCGAGGUUUCCCUUCCAGCUGAGCUGAGGCCGCACAAGCACAUAGAGUUUGCCAUCUGCUACGAAGUCAAUGGCCAGACAUACUGGGACGGUAACCAGGGCCGAAACUACAGGAUCAUCUGGUCUGCUCUGAAGAUGGACGGCCAGGGCAGCUUCAGCAAUAACCAGCAGAGACACUCGUUUGAUCUUGGAAUUCAAUUCGACUUCUAUGGAAGUCCUAGAUGCUCCCAUGGGAUGUUCCCAGAGUGGCCAAGUUAUGCAGGAUAUGAGGAUAUUAGACCGUACUACUGAAAAGCCGUCAUCCUUAGAGUAAAGUGUUUUUUGUUCAGAGAAAGGGCUGUUCCCGAAAAUGAGUGAUUCUUUUGAGGCCAGGCCAGUCUCGACAUGCUCGGGGGAACAAAAGCAAUAAGAAAAAUAAAUACGUUUUGGGAUGGGGGUUGUAUACUCUGUGGAUUAUCAGAACUAGAAUAUUCAGAUGUGACAUUUACUGAUUGCAUAGCAGGUUUAAUUAACAGGCAUAUCUCAGUGUAGAUGUUGACUGAACCAAGAGAAUAACAUAAUUAAUAUCUAGCUUUUGUACUUGAUCUACAGUGGGUUCUGGAAUUAUUGGAUCCCUUGAUAAAGAUGAGUAAAAAAACGAAAAAUUCAAACUGGUCUCUAUUCUAUGCUCAAAAAAUGUAUAAAUUAUAUUUUGUACUAAUACAAUUGCUCAGACAAAGAUUUUGUUUAACAAGUAUUUAAAAAAAAACGCAAAGAUGAGGUCAAAAUUUAGGGAUCCCAUGUUUUCAAUAUGCCAUCACACUUCCUUUGCGAGGAUAACGACAAUUGAGCCUUUUUCAAAAAUGUUUUAGCCCCAUAACAUCAAAGAUGCACCACUAUAUUUUACAGUAGGGAUUAGGUAUUUUCUGCAUAUGCGUUGUUCUUUUGAAGGCUAAACCCACCAUUGGUGUGCGUGGUCAAAGAGCUCUAUUUUCAUGUCGUAUGACCAUAGCACCGCCGGAAGUUUGCUAGACUGCAAUGGCACUUGGAUAGGAACCAGUGCUAUUGUCAUAAGACAUGAAAAUAGUAGUCUUUGGCCUGCACACCAAUGGUGGGUUUAGCCUUCGAAAGAACAAUGCGCAUGCAGAAAAUACCUCAGCCCUACUGUGAAUUGUGUCGUUAUCCUUAAAAAGGGAUGGACAAACACAGGGAUGCUGGACUAUUGAAAACAGAGGAUCCAAUCAUUUUGUCCCUUAUCUUUUUGAGAUUGUUUAACAAGUAUUAUAUUAUAUAUAUAUAUAUAUAAAAUCUCUGAGCAAUUGUAUUAGUGUAAAAUAUACAUUUCAUGCAAUGUAGCUCAGUAUUUAUUUUAUACAGUGUAUUUUGCCCCUCUUUGUCAAGGGAUCCAGUAAUUCUGGACUCCACUGUAUGUGUUGGGAUAAGCCAUUACACUAACUGGUAAAACUAUGUACACUGUUAUGUGUGAUGCAGGUCAAAAUAAUUGGAAGAGCAAUGUUUACGAUGAAACUUUCAAUGAUUUUUAACAAAUAGAUUUGGAAUCAAAAUGUCUGUACUUUCACAUCACAUCUCUUGUACUGAGUUCUUUAAGUUGAUUUAUGUUAAGUGAUAUGACUUCAGAAUAGACUGGUAUUUUUAAGUCCCUUCAGGAUUUGCACCAUGUUUGUACUGAGCUCAUUCUGGUAUGUGGGUGUAUUGAGUUCAAAUCCUUCAAUUUUUAAAGGGGUGGGAAUGGCAGGAAUUUACUUGGGACUGGAACCUUAGAAAUACACAUUUCUGUCUGCUCCUGUUGAUGAUUUAAAAUGUUUUACCGUGUUCACUAUGCUGCUCUAUGUAAAUAAGAGUCAUUGGAUAUGUUUUUAAAGGAACAAGUAUGAAGGAUGGAUUUUUGUAUGUCAGAAUUAAAUAUGUUUUGCAAGAAUA